AUGGAGGCUGCCCACCUCCACCCCUCAGAGGAGCCUCAGUUCAGCGCCUCUCCCAAACCCCAGUCAUACUGGUCAAGGAGAGGCGGUGCUGAAGUCCACGGAGGACCCUCUGUGCCCGAGAGGACAUCUCCUGCAUCAAAGACUCUCUCCUCCCCGACUGACCCGUUGGCUCCCGCAUCAGCAGGGCUGCCUCCCACCAAGACGCCUCUGAGUUGGAAGAGCCUUUCCCAGGUGGGAGCCGGGCUUCAGAACAUGGGCAACACUUGCUAUGUGAAUGCGACCCUACAGUGUCUGACCUACACAGAGCCCCUCGCCAGCUACAUGCUGUCCCAGCAGCACGGGACCACCUGUAGGAGGCAGACAUCCUGCAUGCUGUGUACCCUGCAGGCUCACCUGAUGCGGGUUCUCUGCCAUCCUGGACGUGUGCUCCGGCCCCUGCCACUCCUGCUCGCCGCCUUCCACAGACACAAGCAGGAAGAUGCCCAUGAGUAUCUCAUGUUCAUUCUGGAUGCAAUGCAGCAAGCGUGCUUGCCUGAGGACAAGCUCUCAGACCCUGAGUGUCCUCAGGACAGCACCCUCAUCCAGCAACUCUUUGGGGGGUACUGGAGGUCUCAAAUCCAGUGUCUCCACUGCCAAGGCAUUUCGAGCACUCUGGAACCUUACCUGGACAUCAGCCUGGACAUCGGGGAUGCUCACAGCGUCAUCCAAGCUUUGGAGCAGUUGGUGAAGCCCGAACUGCUGGAAGGUGAAAAUGCCUACCAUUGUAGUAAGUGUCUGGAGAAGGUGCCUGCGUCCAAGGUGUUGACUUUGCACACUUCCCCGAAGGUCCUCAUCCUGGUCUUGAGACGAUUCUCAGACUUGACAGGCAACAAAAUGACUAAGGAGGUGCAAUAUCCUGAGCGCCUUGACAUGCAACACUACCUGUCUGAGCAGAGGGCAGGACCCUUGGUUUAUGUGCUCUAUGCCGUGCUGGUGCACGCUGGGAGGAGUUGCCACAGCGGACAUUACUUCUGUUUCGUAAAGGCAGGAAAUGGCCAGUGGUAUAAAAUGGAUGAUGCUAAGGUCAGCGCCUGUGAUGUGACUUGCGCGCUGCGCCAACCUGCCUAUGUCCUCUUUUAUAUGCAGAAGACUGAUCUGGAGAGAGACCUUGGGAGGGAGUCAGUCGAGGAGGGAGGACUCGCAUCUCCCGAGGCAGACCCCACAGUGGUGGGUGAGGCCUCAGGAGAGCCGGCAACGGAUCCCUCCGUGAACCUUCCUGAGUUGGAGGAGCGUGGGGAAGAGACCUCAAGGCAACAAAUGACAUUAGACCAGUGGAGAUGCCUCCAAGAAUGCAACCGCCCUAAGCCUGAACUUAAUGUCAGGAGAAGAGAAAUUGCUCUUCCUGCGAACGCAGUCAUCCUUCACCACUCCAAAUACAGACCUGAGAUGCCGAAGAAUCAUCCUCAGCAGACCGUCGACCUGCUCACCACUGCGGCUGGGAUGCUCCCACCUCAGGUGGCCGGGGACGUGGCCAAAGUCCCGCGUGUGCCAGGGAGAGCCCGACCUACCAAGAGGACGAGCAAGAAGGGACAGAGGAAGCAGUCAUGCCUGUGGAUGCACAGCCGGGCCCCCGCAGCCCAGGAAGACACCUGCCCUCUGGCCAAGCAAGAGCCCCCAGCCCACACCUGCCACACGUCACCUGGAGAUGCUGCAGCCAUGCACCGAGCCCCCUCGGCCGCCCUCUGCGCGGGCCCCCACUCAGCCCCUGAGAAUGGUCUUCACCAGAUUGGACAGAAGCUGCUGGAGCUCCCGGGUGCAGGGGCCUUGGCCGGGAAUGGGCAUCUGAUCGCCCUGAUGAAGUCCAGCCGGACGGAGUUGCUGGAGCACAAAGUCCGACAACUGCUGCUCGCCUUGCAGCGCAGAGAUGUCAUCUCCAUUUGCAGCUUCUUAGACGACUAUCGUGGAUUCGCCACCACGGACGAGGUGCUGGACCUGCUGUCCACCUGA